AACGUAUUUGAGCUGCGUUCAAUAAAACGCAGCUCCACAUAUGGUACUAAUUAAAUUUCAACACUAUUGAAAUUUCCCAAUCCCUAAUCUGAGCUCUCACUAUCUCAGCUCAACCUCCCAAUCCAUUAUCGCCACCGUGCUCUCAACCCACUACCCACAAACCUCACGCCUCCUCCCUCAUCAAAACCCGAAAAAUUUGCUGACUGAAGAGACCCAAGCUCUUCACAUGGCCAUGAAACCUAAAACCCACAACGGAAAUGGCAACUCCAGCGACAACAACGGCGGCGGAGGAAGACAUAGUGAUUAGUAUGGUGGCUGCUUGAUGUUAACCUCAACUGUCAUAUUUCUCUCUUUCUCUCUGCACCUCUCUUUGUUGAGUUAUCUUCGAUGUCGGCGGCUACCUCAUCGUUCGCCCCAGCAGCAGCUAUAUCAACCACAGCUUUACCGUUUUGGAGAGCCACACAAGACCGAAGCACUCACUCGCCUCCAAGUGGGCCGAUGGAAAGCCCAGUAUGCACAAAGCUUGUAAGUUUUAAGACAUGCAAAAAUCAGCAAGGAGGGCAUGAUAACAAAAUCUUCUAUAAUGUUGGGCCUUGGAGAAUCUGAUGAUGAGUUGAAAGAAGCUAUGGCUGAUUUAAGGGCUAUUGAUGUUGAUAUUUUGACUCUUGGACAGUAUUUACAGCCAACUCCACUACACCUGAGUGUCAAAGAAUAUGUCACCCCUGAAAAGUUUGCUUUCUGGAAGGAAUACGAGGAGUCCAUUGGAUUUCGUUAUGUAGCCAGUGGGACCACUGGUCCGAUCCUCAUAUAGAGCUGGUGAGCUUUUUGUCAAGACAAUGGUUAGAGAUAAGGCUAACAGCACUGCUGGCACAUCCUAUUGAUUUUUGGCUAUUGUGGACUUUGUGUUUUUGAGUCCUAGAAACUGUUUGACAUAUCAGUACCCUAUAAGCAUGGCCAUUGUACAUUUUGCCAUUGAAAUUGGCAGAAUGCCCUUCAUUCUAGUGGACGGACUUGCACUUCAUUCAUAAAAGUUCAAAUUUUUUGGCAUUCUAGUAUUUUGGGGUUGGAGCAGAUCAGUUCUCCAUUUUGGAGGUUUCCUUCUUAACUAUUUUUUUCCCACCCAGCAAUAAUUAAUAAGUUAGUAAGGGGUGUUCCAAAUUGAAGAUGACAUCAAAUUGGGGAUAUCUUCUUCUGGGGUCUUUGAUUGUUUAGUGAAAUUUAAUUGGGGUAGGUUGCAAAAGAAAAUCUAAUGAAUUAAUGAGAUUACUCAAAAGAAAAUCUAAUAGUAUUUGUCAGCAACUAAUUAGUAUUAAAACCUAGUGAUAUAGGUUUCAUCAAAUAGCAAUUAUCAGUAUGAUAUCACAGCAAUAUUAAUGAUGCCAUUCCUUAGCCCUUAUUAGCCAGUAGCCUCCUAGUUGAAUUGGAAGUUUUGACUAGAUUUUUUUCCGCUCUCUAAGUUUUAACUCUGAUAAAUUGACUAAUUAUGUUACUAUACUACUCUUGUUAAAUUAUUAACAAAUAGUUGAACUACAGUUAGUCUUUCUCUCAUGUUACUAAGUCUUUCAAGUGUUCCAAGCUUAGGGAUUUUUGCAAGCCCAAUUCAACCCAAUUUUUGGUGUUCUCAUUGUCACAGGUAUAUAUAUAUAUAUAUAUAUAUAUGUAGCUACGGGCAUUGGACUGAUUGAUCAAGUACCAUGAUGCUUGCUAACAAUUUUUUGUGAUGUAAAAAAUCCUUGACGGAUAUGCAUUUUGUGAUGUAAAAAUCUUUUGUUGGGAACUUGUUUUGUUUAUGUAAUUAUUUGGGCAAUGAACUUGUUUUGUUAUUUGGCAAUUGGUUGGGAA